AUGACAUGGAAUGUUAGAGGUCUAACAAGACCAGGAAAAAGGAGGAAAAUAAAGGUAAUGAUAAAAGAUGAAGGAAUUGAUGUAGUGCUAUUACAAGAAACAAAAAAGAGUAGCAUGGAGGAAGAGUUCAUUAAGCAGAUAUGGUCAUUUGAAAAGAUGGAGUUCAUGGGAGCGGAUACAGAAGGUACUACAGGAGGUGGAGAUUUUAAUGAGAUUACGUAUAUUAGUGAAAGAAAUGGAUGCUCAAGAAUGGAGAGAGGCAUGACUGAUUUUAAUGGGUUAAUUGAUCAGUUAAGUCUAGUGGACUUGCCUAUGUUGGGAAGAAGUUUCACAUGGUGUAAUGAUCAAGAUGGGGAGAGAUGGAGCAGGAUAGAUAGGUUUCUCUUGGAUAGUAGGUGGUUUGAGGAAUACUUAUUUAAGCAAUGGGGACUGCCCAAAAGUAUAUCUGAUCAUUGCCCAGUAUUGUUAAAGGAAUGUAAGGAGGGUAGUAAGAAGUCUAGUGUGAAUUUGAGUAGGAGAAAAGGGAGCUUAUGGCAUCAAAAAUCUAGAAUGGUGUGGGCUAAAUGUGGUGAUAAGAAUACAAGGUUUUUCCAUAUGAUGGCAAGUUCUAGGCAAAGAAAAAAUAUGUUGGAUUCGGUUGUGGAGGGGGGGAGUGAGAAUGAUAAUCUGGUAGUAGCAUUCACAGAGCAAGAGAUUUGGGAAGCUAUACAUGAUUAUGAUGGGAAUAAAGCUCCUAGGUUAGAUGGGUUUAACAUGGCUUGUAUUCAAAAGUGCUGGAAGAUAAUGAAGAGUGAGACUCUGCAGUUCCUGACUAAAUUUCAUGAGAAUGGGAAGCUGGUCUUACGUUUGAAUAAUUCUUUUAUCACUUUGAUACCAAAGAAAGAGAACCCAAGUGAUUUAGGUGAUUACAGACCAAUCAGCCUUGUUAAUUUAGUCUAUAAAAUUUUAGCUAAAGUCUUGUCUAAAAGGUUAAAGAAAGUAAUGCCAUCAAUGAUUAGUGAAGUCCAUAAAUUGGGAAUUUCUUUUUUCAAUGAUGAUGAAUUUUGGUUUUGGGGAAAAAUGGUGAAGUGGAUCAAAACAUUCAUAUCAUCAGCUAAAAUUUCUGUAUUGGUAAAUGGUUCUCCAUCCGCUGAAUUUGUACCUCAAAAAGGGCUUAGGCAGGGUGAUCUAUUAUCACCAUUCUUGUUCCACAUUGCUGCUGAAGGUUUGAAUUUGCUGAUUAAAAGGGCAAAGAAGUUGGGUUAUUUAAGAGGGGCAACUAUAGAGCCUACUGAGUUGAUGCUUUCUCAUUUGCAAUUUGCAAAUAAUAUUGUUAUUUUUUGUGCGGCGGAUAGGGUAGAAUUGGUCAAUAUAAAGAGAAUCUUAAGGUGUUUUGAGUUAAUGUCUGGGUUAAAAAUUAACUUCCACAAGAGUGUGUUGAGUGGGGUUGGUGUUAAUGAGGAGGAUAUCAAAGAUUUUGUCUCAGUCCUGCACUGUCAUAGCCAAAAGCUUCCUAUUACUUAUUUUGGGGCAAAUCCAAGAAGAAAGAGUACUUGGAAACCAGUGAUUGAGAAGGUCAAGAAGAAAUUGGCUUCAUGGAAAGGAAAAAUGCUCUCUUUUGCUCGUAUAAUCACACUGAUUAAGUGGACAGGAGUCAAAUUCAGUAAAGUGAUUCUUAGAAUGUGGAAAGUGGUACCUUUAGCUGUGUUGUGGUCAUUAUGUAAAGCAAUGAAUGAUGGUCUUUUUAGUGGCAAACCAAUAGAUUGGAUUGAAUUAGCAGAGUUAGUGAAGAGAAUGGUUGGUAGCCUUGUUGCCACUACUGUUCUGGGAAUGUCUGUGGUGUUAGUGUUUCUUGUGGUCUACGAAGAAAGGUGUAUUACAGGGGAGCUUCUGUGGUAUUGCUACUGCUACUCUGCUGGUUGGGAGCAUUAUGUCACUGCCCCUGCUAUUUUGGGAGUGUUUGUGGUGAUUGUGCCUUCCUUUUGUCUAUGA